AUGAUGAAUGUGAAGAAGCGUCAAGCUGAAGAACCACUUGUUUCCUUGCAAUUUUCAGAGAAGAAGCACCGUGUUGGAGAAGAGUUUGAGAGCAUGAAGAUGGUUGCGAGAGGAAAAGCAAAUCAUGGGGUUGCUGAUGGUGUUGGUGGAUGGGCUAGGAAAGGCAUCGGCGCUGGUGAUUAUGCCCGUGAGCUCAUGAAGAAUGUUACUGUUGCAAUCAAAGAAGAAGCAAAAGACUCUGUUGACCCUAAAAGAGUCUUGAAUCAUGCUUUCAUGAAUACAAAAGCUAAAGGGUCAUCCAUUGCAUCCAUUGUUUAUCUUAAGAAAAAUGUCUUGCAUGGUGUCAAUACUCUGCUGGAGUAUCAGGUUCUUGUUGAGCCAGGGGAUGUUCUAGUUUUAGGAACUGAUGGUGUUUUUGACAAUAAGUAUCCCUUUGAGAUUGAAUCGAUUCUCAAAGAUAUGACUGAAGAAGGCAGAUUAAUGGAUGUACAAGAAUGUGCUAAGGUAAUUGCAUCGAUGGCUUGGCGCCUUUCCAUUAGCAAAAUUGGAGGCCCUUUUGCAGAUGCUUGUAAGAAAGUAGGAGUUAAUCAUAAAGGUGGAAAGAUGGAUGAUAUUACAGUUCUAGUUGCUCAUAUAAUUGUAUGA